GAGACAAACUGAUCGAGAACAGACUUUGCCCUUCACAGCUCAUAACAGGAAACAAAGUGUGGCAGACAAAAGUUUUGUUGAAACACACGAGAUGAACAAGGAACAAGCUCCACCUCCGUACAACCCCUAUUACCCUCCGCAAUAUCCAAAUGCAACGCAAGGUAAUGCUGGGUAUCCACAAUAUCCAAAUGCAACGCAAGGUAAUGCUGGGUAUCCACAAUAUCCAAAUCCUACCCCAGGAAAUGCUGGGUAUCCACAAUAUCCAAAUGCAACACAAGGUAAUGCUGAGUAUCCGCAAUAUCCAAAUGCAACACACGGUAAUGCUGGGCAUCCACCAAUGGGCAUGAUGCCUCCCGCUGACAUGAUGCCCCCCACUGCUGAACAUGUCAAUAUGGGGAAUCCAGAUGACGCUCCUCCAGAAUACACCCUGGGCUUUGAGAACGAGAACUGCUUCUCAGAUGCUACCAUAAGAAGAGGUUUCAUAAGAAAAGUCUACUUGACACUGAUGGUUCAGCUACUGAUAACUGUUGGAAUCAUCUGUGCUUUCCUUUAUUGGGAGACACUCAGCGACUGGGUGAAAGACACAUACUGGUUUACCUACACCAUGAUGGGUGUUACAUUUGCUCUGGUUAUUGUGCUCGUAUGUUGUGGUGACAUACGCCGGAAAGUUCCUUUAAACUUCAUCUUCCUAGGACUGUUUACAAUUGCAGAAGGUUGUCUCCUUGGAUCAGUGGUAGUGUACUAUUCAGCAGAAGCGGUGCUUUGGGCAGUGGGUGCAACGGCUUUGGUGUCACUUGCAAUGAGUUUGUUUUCACUGCAGUCUAAAUGGGACUUCACAGCUGCUUCAGGAUGCAUCUGGGCAAUGAGCUGGACACUGUUUUCGUUUGCAUUGCUUUGCGCAAUUCUGAGAUCCCAGUAUUUGUACAUCUUUUAUGCAUCGCUGGCAACUUUGAUCUUCUCUGUGUACCUGGUGAUUGACACACAGCUCAUACUGGGAGGAAAGCACAAAUACAGCAUCAGUCCAGAAGAGUACAUCUUUGCUGCUUUGAACUUGUACAUUGAUAUUGUCACAAUAUUCUUAUUACUGCUUCAGUUAAUUGGGUUCUGUCGUUGAUAUGGUUUGUCAACAUCAUUACUGCUCUCGCAUUCAGCAUCAGGCUUGGGAUUUGUUAUACAUUUUACCUCAUUUUUUGUUGAAACAUGACUCCAUUGUUUCUGUAAAAUAUUCCAAGUCAAACAGAGUUUAAUUAGAACUUUUUAGAUAUGAUAAUAUACCUGUCUGUACAAAUGCUAUUAAAAAUAAUACAAUAAUUCUUAACUUAAGGCAAAUGUUUAGUUAGGUUUAAAAGUAUUAAAGAUAUUAAAAAUAUGCAGUAAGUUCUGUGUUUUGAGAUACAUUUUUACCUAAAUUAAAAAAACCAAAAAUGACUCCAUUGUGUAACUCAAUAAAAUGUUUGCUCCAAUCCCUUUGCUAUUUUGUA